AGGGAUUUUACUGGACCCAAAGCCCCAGAAAGUCACCCGGCCUCGGGGCCCCAACCGUCAGGCUCUUUUUUCCAAUUCCCCCCAGCCGCCGGCCCUCCCAGCCUCUGCAGCCACGCUGCUGAUUCUGGGGACCUGGCGACCUAGGACUGCGACCAGGAUCCUGGAAGGCCCCUCUGCACACCGCCAGAGAGCCCGAGCCUCUGCUGGAAGGAAGAGGGGAGGCGAGACGCCACAGGACACCCCUGCAUGCUUCCCAGGAUUAAGAACCUGUUUAUGAAGCAGCUUAUUUCGUGACCGAAGCUCCGCGGUCAGUGAGACGUCAAUGGCCCGACUUCCCCCUGGCAUUCGCUUCAUCGUCUCGUUCUCCAGGGAUCAGUGGUACAGAGCCUUCAUUUUUAUUUUGACAUUUUUGCUGUAUGCAAGUUUUCACUUAUCUCGAAAGCCUAUCAGCAUAGUUAAGGGUGAGCUGCACAGCUACUGCACGGCUUCAUAUGAGGGGGAGGUCGGAUUCAACAGCCGGAGCCAGAAAGCCGGGGACACCCCCGCUCACCAGCUCCCCGACAACGGGACCGACUGCGGCUGGGCCCCAUUUGAUCAGGGCAACUACCAGCAGCUUCUCGGCGCCCUGGACUACUCCUUCCUGUGUGCGUACGCCGUCGGCAUGUACCUGAGUGGCAUAAUAGGGGAACGCCUGCCAAUUAGGUAUUACCUAACUUUCGGAAUGGUGGCCAGUGGCGCUUUUACUGCCCUGUUUGGGGUGGGGUAUUUCUACAACAUCCACAGUUUUGGAUUCUACGUGGUGACCCAGAUCGUCAACGGACUGGUGCAGACCACCGGCUGGCCCAGCGUCGUGACCUGCCUCGGCAACUGGUUUGGAAAAGGGAGGCGAGGUUUGAUCAUGGGGGUCUGGAAUUCCCACACGUCUGUGGGCAACAUUCUGGGGUCCUUGAUCGCUGGCUACUGGGUGUCCACAUGCUGGGGCCUGUCCUUCGUUGUGCCUGGGGCCAUCGUGGCAGCCAUGGGGAUGGUGUGCUUUCUCUUUCUCAUUGAACAUCCGAAGGACAUCGCCUGUUCCUCCUCCCUGGUCGUGCAUCCAAAAGGCUACGAGAACGGCACGCACAGAUUUCGGCUGCAGAAGCAAGUGCUAACCGAGGAGAGGAACAAACCUCUGGACCCAGAGAUGCAGUGCUUACUGCUGUCGGAUGGAAAGCGCUCCGGCCAACAGAACCACGUGGUCAUUCUCCCGGCAGACGGCGGGGGCGGCGGCGCGGCCAUCAGCUUCGUAGGGGCCUUGAAAAUUCCCGGCGUGAUAGAGUUCUCUCUGUGUCUACUGUUUGCCAAGUUGGUCAGCUAUACUUUCCUCUUCUGGCUUCCACUGUACAUCACAAAUGUAGAUCACCUUGAUGUGAAGAAGGCCGGCGAGCUCUCCACCUUGUUUGAUGUGGGCGGGAUCUUCGGUGGGAUCCUGGCAGGUGUGAUCUCCGAUCGACUGGAGAAGAGGGCCUCCACCUGCGGCCUGAUGCUGCUGCUUGCAGCCCCGACGCUCUACGUAUUCUCUGCCAUCAGCAAAAUGGGUCUAGAAGCCACCAUCGCCAUGCUACUCCUCAGCGGGGCCCUGGUCAGCGGGCCGUAUGCACUGAUCACGACCGCCGUCUCCGCCGACCUGGGGACUCAUAAGAGUCUGAAGGGAAACUCCCACGCCCUGGCCACCGUGACCGCCAUCAUUGACGGAACUGGGUCUGUAGGAGCAGCGCUGGGCCCGUUGCUGGCCGGGCUCCUCUCCCCGUCGGGAUGGAGCAACGUGUUCUACAUGCUGAUGUUUGCAGACGCCUGUGCCUUAGUGUUCCUGCUCCGCCUCAUACACAAGGAGCUGAGCUGCCCGGGGUCGGCGACAGGAAACCAAGCUCUGUUUAAGGAGCAUUGACCCCUCGAGUCCCGUGGAGGCAGGCUGGGCCAGUCCUUCACAAACUGUCUUUCAAGGAAGAGUUCAAAUAAAGGAGCCUGUGUUGAAAAGAGUGAUUUCCCCUUGCCUUUUGCACAUUCACCUGGGAAAGACACACAAGCCACCUGGAGAAAUCCUGGUACUGUGUCAGCCGGGCCGUGGAGCUCC